UACACUUCAACUAAUUAAUUUAUUUACUUCAAGGGUCGCUGGAGCAUUUUGCCAGGUCAUGCCCCGGAGCAUUCGAUCAUGUGAGACGGAUAUUUGGGAGGCAUAUGACUUCGUUGUCACCCGUCGAAAUACCAGCUAGCUGUUUUGUUCUAAUCUCAUUUGAAGGCUCAAAACUAGUUGUUUGUGAUCAUUGACACCAUUAUUUUGUUUGUCUAGGAGACAGGAGGAGAAAUGCUGCAAGCUGUUGUUCUGGUCUUGGCUCUCAGCCUGACCGCUCUGGCCCAGGAAGAGUCCAGGCCUAAUGUGGUUUUCAUUCUUGCUGACGACUGGGGAUGGGGCGACGUAGGAAUUUACAACGGCGAUCGUAGGAGUCGAACACCUCGCCUGGACGAAAUGGGCCGCAAGGGCACGGUGUUCACCGAUUUUCACGUAGCCAACCCCGUGUGCAGCCCAAGCCGCACAGCAUUCAUGACUGGAAGGCACCCGGCCUCUUUGAAGAUUCACACUGCACUCACGGGAAACCAUGCGGAGAACGCCGCGCGAGGAUGUGCCGAUUACCUGCCCCAUGACAUUCCAACGCUGACGUUGCUCCUCCAAGGUGCUGGCUACACUACAGGACAUUUUGGCAAAUGGCAUCUAGGAGCCACAGAAGAUGCGCCGCCGCCAUCUGAGUAUGGCAUAGAUUCUUCAGCCACGUACGUAUCAACGGAUCCGACACGCCUGCCUGGAUGCUCUGGACCCCCUAACCCUGGCCCAAACACCAAGUUGAACUGCUCUGACCAGCUGUGGCCAGGUCGCAGCAGUAAAGCUAUUGUGGACCUGGGAAUGGAGUUCAUCAACAAUGCAUCGGUUGCCAAGAAGCCGUUUUACCUCAACCUUUGGUUUCACAUAUCCCAUGCUCCGCUGAACCUGAUGAAAGAGCAGCUGACGAACUUCUCCAUGCAGACAUUCUGUCCCUGGUCUGGCAUGACACCAGACCUGGAGGACUUCACGAGCUGUCCGGAGCAGAUAUUCCGUGCCGCGCAGCACGAUGCCGACGUACAUAUCGGUAGAAUGCUGGACUUCCUGCAGAGCAAGGGUCUUGAUAAGAACACGCUGGUCGUAUUCAGUGCUGAUAAUGGCCCCGAAGAUGUACACAUCUACUUCAAUAGUGUCGGCACGGCGGGGCCUUUCCGCGGACGCAAGCGCAGUAUUUACGAGGGUGGUGUGCGAGUACCGUUCAUCACGUACUGGCCUGGUAAGAUUCCGGCCAACAAGGUGUCCGACGCCACGGUCUCCUCGCUUGACUGGUUCCCCACCAUAGCCACCAUCACCAACACUACCAUCCCCGCAAACUGGAUGGGAAGUCUACGCGGCGUCGACAUCACGGAUCUCAUCAUGUCGGGCGUUCCGCUGAAGGAGCGCGUUCACCCGCUGAUGUGGGAAUGGCGCUACGCACUGCAAGGCAACUGCUGGAACGAGGCACCGCGCGUCGCCAUUCGCGCCGGUGACAUGAAGCUGCUGAUGAACACCAACGCAACAUACGUUGAGCUCUACAACUUGACCACAAGUCCAUUUGAGGCGAAUAAUGUCGCCGGCCAAAACCCAGAGCUGGUCCAGAAUCUCACUAUUCAACUGAAAAACUGGAUACAUGAACUUCCCGAGGGACCCAUUGUGGAGAACAAGGGCUGCCGUGGGUACAAGAUUCCCGAGCAACACCCCUAGUAGCCGAUGCGCCAACUUGCUGGACUAUUUACACUUAGAUACAUGCAGCAAUGAGCUCCUGCCUAACGGCUCAUGAUUCUGCUUCGGGUUGCCGUUGGAAACAUGACAGUCACAGUGGCAUCAAUCACACUAUUGUAGAUAGAGGCUUUCUGGGAUUGAAACCUGUGAAAGUAGUGCACCGUGUCGAGCCACAGUUGUCAUCCAUUUCCAUUGUGCAUGUCCCUCACUUGUGAUACUUUGAUUUGGACUAUAGUAUAUGAGAACUUGGUUGACUAUUAGCACUAUCGAUCUUUAUGGGAUUACCUUCUAUGCUGCCAUAGACAGCCAUUUAAUGGGAAACCUUUACUAGCCAUAGAACAGGCAAUUGAUAAGACGGUCUGUAGUUCAGAGUACUACUACACAGCAUACUACUCUAGAUAGCAUCAUGACGAUAUGCACUAAACUCUCCAUGCAUUUUGAAAAGUAUUUUGAGCUCAGUCAGGUUAUGAUGCCAUGUACUGAACUCUUUGGCUACUUGCAGUGUAUGACACUAUGGGAUAAACAUUGCGAGCGAGCAUGAUUUUCCUUCCUCUACCGCUACACAGAGUAACAGCAACGGUGCACCCAUGCCUAUAGCCGUUUUUUACCCUAUGUUCAAUGUACUACAUGUACCUCUCACCCUCCCUAGUUGCAGCAACUAGUAUCGUGAGCACACUACAGUGGUAUUUACUCA